AUGGACGAAGAAACAUCAAACCUCACCUCACAGCAUGUGCAGAAUUUUUCAAAGAUCAACCACACAAACUUCUCUCAAUUCAUACUGCUUGGAUUUCAAGAUCUCCACGUUCUUCGGAUUCCCAUCUUCAUGCUUCUUACAAUCACAUAUUUUGCGACCAUCGUUGGAAAUCUUCUUAUCAUCGCUGUAGUACCAACCAGCCGUCAGUUGUGCUUACCCAUGUACAGAUUUCUUAGCCACCUCUCAAUUUGUGAUAUAUUAAUCAGUACAAACAUUGUCCCUAAUACUCUACAAGUCAUACUGCUUGGUGGAAGCCCUCUGUCUUUCAGUGGAUGUCUCACCCAAUUGUAUUUCUUUGGUGCUUCUGCCAUAAUUGAGUGCUGCCUGUUAUCCGUGAUGUCCUACGAUCGAUACUUGGCCAUCUGUAAACCGUUACAUUAUUCUGCUGUUAUGAAUUAUAGAGUUUCUCAUUAUCUGGUUGUAUGGUCUUGGCUGGUGGGUUUUCUUCAGUCCAUGGUAACUCAUUCUCUCAUACUUCAGCUUCAGUUUUGUGGACCUAAUGUCAUUGACCAUUUCUUCUGUGAUCUUCCUCCACUCCUUGCCCUUUCGUGUUCAGAUACGUCAGCUGUAGAAAUUGCAGUAUCCAUAGUGUCCAUAGUAGUAGGGAUCUUACAACUUGUAUUUAUUAUGGUAACUUACAUUUGCAUUUCAGCUUCUGUUCUACAGAUCUCCUCUAGCACCGGGAGACAGAAAGCUUUCUCUACCUGCAGCUCUCAUCUUACUGUUGUAGGAACCUAUUAUGGGACAUUGAUUACCCUUUAUUUGGCACCAUCCAGGGGGUACUCAUUUAAUUUCAAUAAGGUUUUAUCUUUACUAAACACAGUGGUGACACCUUUGUUUAAUCCCAUUAUAUAUACCCUUAGGAAUCGUGACAUAAAGUCAUCCAUAGGAAAACUUGUCUUUAUGAAAAAAUAA